AUGGACCCCGACCAUCCGCUGCUCGCGCGCGCCCAGGCCGCCCUCCGCAAGCAGCUCGAGGACCGCAAGAGGGACGUGGAGGAGCGGAUACGCGAGAAGGAAGCCGAGCUCAACAAAGAGAAGAAGAGGCGCGAGGCCGUCGGCGUGGAGCUCUACGGCGUCCAGCAGAACCUCGGCAAGCUCCAGCAGCAGCUCGACCGGACCAUCGAGGACCAGGCCGCCACCGCGCGCGCCAGAUCCCAGGCGGAAUCCGACCUCAGGCAGCUCCAGGAGUGGCUCGAGGCCCGAGCGCUCGACGCCAAGGAGCAGCGGCGCACCCACGAUUCGCACCAGAAGGAGCUCGACGACCUCAACGCCACCCUGCGACAGGUGGAGGCGUACAACGAGCAGAUGAAGGGCGAGAUUGCGACCACUCGAACAGCCACCUACGCCGCCGAGGAAUCAGCCACGCGGCUGGAGAAGGAGAAGAUGGAUCAGGACGUGCUCAUCGACGUGCUCUCGGAGAACCUCAAGCGCCUGCAUCAGGCGCACGCGCUCGCGGAGGCGCAGCUCAUCGCGCAACGCAAGGAGACGGGCGCCGCGCGCGCCACCCUCGAGGAGGCUGCGCGGGAGAUGGAGGCUAUCAACUACGAGAAGAAGCAGUUGACGGCGCAGUGGAAGACGUCGCUGGUGGGCAUGGCGCGAAGGGACGAGGCGCUGCAGGCGACGCAGGAGGCGCUGCGCAAGCAGGCCGAGGAGACCACGAUGAUCGAGGCGGAGACGUCCGCGUACAAGCGGCAGAUCAAGGAGGCUGAGGGCAAGAACGAGCAGCUGACCCAGCAGUUGCGCAAGAUGGAGGCGGAGGGGGAGUUUCUGUCCAAGAACAUCGACGCGUGCCGCGAGAAGAAGGAGCGGCUCAUGGAGACGCACGCGAGACUCACGGCGUCGUUGGAGGAGACGGAGGCGCACCUGGAGAAGGCGCACAGGGAGGCCAAGGCGCUCGACGACGAGACGAACAAGACGGAGAAGGACAUUGCCAAGACGACGGCGGAGUCUCGCGAGCACGACGAACGAAUGCUCGCCAACCUGUCUGAGCAGACCACCGUGGAGAAGGGGGUUCAACGCACGAUCGACGCGACGCGCGAGGUACGGCGCAAGAUCAGGGACCAGGAGAUGUACGUCACGACGCUGCAGAACGAGAUCGCGAAGACCAGGGUGGACGUGCUCAACACCCAGGCGUCGUUGGCCACCCUGGACGAGACGUUAGUGGUGUUGGACGCGGAGCUCGCCGAAAAGUCGAGGACGGUGGACAAGUACGAGGCGGAGAUCAAACGACGCAACGACGACAUCGCGAAGCGCGCGAGAGACGUGGACAGGCUCAACAAAAAGCUGGAGCAGCUCUCCGGCGGCGACGACGACGGCGAGAACCUCGGACCGAUGGAGGCGACGAUCAAGAACAUGAACAAGGAGGUUGAGCAGAAGGAGAAGGAGAACAAGGAGCUGCAACGGCGAUGGGUCAACUGGCAGACGGAGCUCGUGACGAUGGUCAACGAGAACAACGAGCUCACCGAGAAGACCCAGCGACUGAAGCAGGAGAAGACUCUGCUCACCGCGCGCCGCAACCGGCUGGACCAGAACCUGACCCGGCAGAAGGAGGAGUGCGGGCAGCUCUCCAAGGCGAUGGAGCGCAUGCACCAGGACAUGGUCCGAAUCAACGCGCUUCGCGACAAAAACGCCAAGCUCCACGACGCCCUCGUCACGGACAACUACGUCCUCGAGACUGAAAUCGUGGGCGAGCUGAAGGACCUGGAGGUUGAGGCGGUGACGCUCGAGUCGAAGAUCGAGGCGAGGACGGAGGAGAAGAAACGAGUCGUCGCCGAGGUUGUCGAGACGGAGCGUCAGAUUAUGCUGUGGGAGCGUAAGAUUCAGCUGGAGAAGGAGACGCAGGCUGCGCUGGACCCGGACGUGGGCGGCGACGUCGUCGGCGCGAUGAAAAAAGAGAUUGGCCGCAUGGAGACGAGGUACAACGAGCUCAAGAAGCGCCAGGAGCGAUUGAUGCAGGAGAUGGAAAAGGCGGUGUACAAGCGCGAGCUGAUCACCACCAAGGCGAUGCUCGCGGCGGCGUCCGGGAAGAACAACUCGCACGCGUCUUCAUCCGCCGCCGCCAGAGGGCUCGCCAAGGCUGGCGUCAAGAGCAUCGAGCAGACGGAUGCGGAGGCUCGCGCGCGAGAGGCUAGCGUCGCGGAGCUCGAGGAGGAACGCGCGAGAGCCGUGGACGAGAUUGAGCAGACGGAGUCGGCGCUGCGAGAGCUGCGGGAGCGGGAGGAGGAGCUUCGGAGGGCGCACGAGGGCGUGGAGCGGGAGCGCGUGCGGGCGUCGUUGGAGGCGCGGAAGAACGAGCGGAUGCUCGAGCGGUUCCGGGAGCUCGAGAUUGGGACACGAGAUCGGGCGCAGCUGGACGAGGAGACGGUUCGCGCCGAGUUUGAAAAGGCUCGGCACAGACGCGAGAAGCUGGUGGAUGCCAUCGGGGACAUCUGCGCGGACGCGCCCCACCUGGAGGCGCACCUCGACCGGGCACUCACGCUCCUGUCCCUGUGA